AAACGUCACCAAAGGAAGAACUGAGCAUGAGCGAACAACUGCGCUUCGGAUGACACCCUAGCUGGAGAGCAAGGAUCAACAUAAUAAAGCACCGAAAACUAAAACAACCGCAGGGCAGACGAUCUCACUGUGCCAUUUGGAGAUGCUUGCAGUGCAUGCAUAAAAGCAAGAAUGAAGCGCAAAAGCGAAAAGAGGCGACCUGAGUCGAUGAAAAAGCGCCGUGCAGCUCAGAAAGAGGAGGCGGAGCUAAAGUCAGAUAUUCACAUUAGUGUAUCAGAUCAACUGUAUUUCGCAGUACUGCAGCAGAAGAUAAAAAGCACAGCUGACAGACAUUGCUUCUGCAUAGAUGAUGAGCUGUCAUAUGAAAACUUCUAUGCAGACUUUGGCCCGCUCAACCUGGCCAUGUUUUAUCACUUCUGUUGCAAGCUCACUAAAAAGCUCAAGUCAUGCACACUAGCGAAGAAGAAGAUAGUCUUCUACACCUGUGGAGAUCAAAAGAAACAAGCCAACGCUGCUUAUCUUAUUGGUUCAUAUGCAGUGAUGCAUCUUCAGAAGACGCCAGAGGAAGCCUACAGUCUACUGGUGUCCAGGAACUCUACCUACUUACCCUUCAGAGAUGCCUCUUUUGGAACCUGCAUGUACAAUCUGAACAUUCUAGACUGCCUGUGCGCCGUAUACAAGGCUUUGCAGUUUGGCUGGCUUGAUUUCUCCCAGUUUGAUGUGGAGGAAUACGAACAUUACGAGAGAGCAGAAAAUGGAGAUUUCAACUGGAUAAUUCCUGGAAAAUUCCUAGCGUUCAGCGGUCCUCAUCCAAAAAGCAAAAUGGAGAACGGUUACCCUCUUCAUGCCCCCGAGGCCUACUUUCCUUACUUCACGAAACACAAUAUCACAACCAUCGUCCGUCUCAACAAGAAGAUGUAUGACGCAAAGCGUUUCACUGACAUGGGCUUCGAGCACCACGACCUCUUCUUCGUGGACGGGAGCACGCCAAACGACUCCAUUGUCAGGAAGUUCCUCAACAUCUGUGAGAACGCAGACGGAGCUAUCGCUGUUCACUGCAAAGCUGGUCUGGGUCGAACAGGCACCUUGAUAGGCUGCUACAUGAUGAAGCACUACCGCCUGACUGCGGCUGAGGCCAUCGCCUGGAUGCGUAUCUGCCGGCCCGGAUCAGUCAUCGGACCACAACAAAACUUUGUGGAAGAUAAGCAGAGCAGUCUGUGGUCCGAGGGCGACGUGUUCCGGGAGAAAAUGAACGAGCAGGAAAACGGCAAGCUGGCGGUCACCAGGAUCCUGUCGGGGGUUGAUGACAUCACCAUCAACGGCAGCAACAAGAACAAGAUGUCCAAGAAAGAAGAGGCGGAACUGUAUAAUGACGAUGAGGAGAUGAACGGCAUCACGCAGGGUGAUAAACUGCGAGCCCUGAAAAGCAAGAGACAGGCCAGAGCAUCCACAGGCUCCCUAUCACAAGAAGAAAAAAACAUCCACAGCAGGUCAUCGCAGUCUUUAAGGAUUCUCCUUCAGUCCAGUGGGCAGAGCUGUAAAGCUGUGGUGAACCCCUCCCAUCUCCCUGAUGCCUCUGAGAAAAGGAAGAGAACCAGAACCUCACUGCCUGCCAAUAGUGUGGGGGGCAGACGCACUGUGUCCAGAAGACGGAGAACUCAAUGCUCUUUACAAUCAAUGCGCUUAACGAGACUAUGGUAUCCAUUUCCCUUUUCUAUCCCUUUUUGUAUGGCUCAUUGCUCUGCUAUGCUGUUGUGUGUCUCUAGACAACCUGCACUCUUAAUUGCCCACAUCUCUAAGUCCUUUAUAAGAUUAGAAUAGACAGACUGCAUGCAUAGUAAAGUCUUGAAUAUUGUGUUUUUGUAACCCCUCUUUAGGGUCUUUAAUGAAUAGAAGACAUUGUAGUAUCGUUGAGAAUUUGCGGUGUAUUAUCUGAAUGUCCCAUUUCUCUCUGCCUGGGUGUAAUUGUGUGCUUUUUCUCCCUUCAGUCACUCCAUACCAAAAGCUAGAGCUCCUCUACUGCGCUGAGCCUGGGGUCCCGGAAUUCUAAAAGAGUUCUACAGGAGUCCAGUCUACCCCACAGCUCCUGAAAAUUUAGAUUUUGUUUUAAUUUCUUAAAAGGGACUGGGUGUAUUUUUCUUGAACCAGUCCAGUCGAUUUUUGAUAAAGGGAUGAUGUUCGAUGAGGAAAUAACACAUCUGAUUGUGAAUGGGAAGAACGAGUUAUCAGAUAUGAUUGAAGAUGUAAACCAUGUUUGGUUGGUUUGGAAUUAAUUUGCCAACUCUCUUUAUCAAAAGGCACAUCUUUUAUUAUAUAUUUCACUGUUUAUUAUGGAACAAAAUUUAAAAAAGGUUGUGUGCAUCUUAAAAUGAAACCCUGUUCUCUAUACACUAGUCCUGGCCAUAAGUAGUGGAAAUAGUGUUCCAUUUCACACAUUCGUUGCCUGCUUGUUUACAUACUAGUAGAGGGUUGCCAUAGCAAUCCAGACUGAUCCUGAACCAUCAGACUGUCAAUCUGCUUGUUGGUGAAGGUCCUCCAGAGGUAGUCACCAUCCACUUUUCUUAACCUUUUGUAUGAUCUAGGUCAGGUCAUGUCCAGCUGUUUGGAAGUUGAGGUGUUUUGUAGAUGAAAUCAUUUGUGAAAAGCUCAUGUCGGCCCUCUUGAACAUGCACCAUGUCUACUCUAGGGGAGCAUCUUUCAGAAUGUUAUAGACAGAUAUGUCAUGCACAGAAGUAAUACAAUGCCACCCUCUUUUCAAUAAUCGAUGGUUUGUCCAGAGUUGUAAAUCCUCAUUUCGCUUGUUGUAUUUCACUUGGCUCUAUUCAAUCCGUAUUGCGGAUGUUCAACGCUCCCGCUCGAUUGAAAUUGAAUGGCAACGUUCCCGCGUUAGCGGAGACUGCGUUCACGGUAAACUCUGCAUAUGUCCGUUCAAUCAGAAAUUAUCUUUACAUUUCUAGCUCUUCAGCGACGCAGACUGAAUAGCACCCUUAAUAUGCUCCCGCUUUCUUUCAUUCUCCAGUGACGCUUCCAGUCGGUUGUCUUUUUUGUUGUUGAGCUGCUGUACUUAAACUGUAAAUAAGUCAACAUUUUGAUAUACUGAAAAAUGUAUUUGUACUUUGUAAAUAUUUUUGUACUUGUUAUGAUCAACCAUGCUAUCAAUUGUAAUCAGUCUUACAUACAAAAUGGUCCUAAAGGGGCCUCAUCUCAUUCGUGAUUAUCGUGCAUUAUAUAUCUGCUUGGAGCACAUGGAGUAUACCAGCUUUCUAAAAUAAAAUGCCACCAAUUAUACUGA